CUUGGUUUUACCUCCCCCUUUUUUAUAUUGAUCUUGUUUGCGAGUCGCGUAUCGUAGGUGUCGUAGUCGAUUCUAGAUCUGCACACACACACACACAUCAAAACACUUUCAAAUGUGCUUUUUGGUGGAUAAUUCACACUAAGACAGUGACUUGAUGUUUACAGGGCACUAUAAUUCAUUUGUACUCUUAAAGGUUGCCGACCCCUGUACUAGACCAACACGUUGAACCAAGUUUGUAUUCACUUCAAGUGACCCGAGGCCUAGUCUUUGAGAAGUUCAAGUCCACUGUUCUUUUUAAGUCAAGACCAUAGUACGCCUUCUUAAUGAACAGUGACAGUGCUGGCUUGGCUAGUUCGGCACUGUAUUAAAAGGUUAGGAAAUGUCACGAAGACCUAGAGCAACCCAAGAUUAUAACUCCCUGAGGAAAGAGCUGAUUCAUGCUAACGCACUAUUCGUCGACCCACAGUUUCCCGCGAAUGUUAAAUCACUUUAUGUUGAUGGCCGACCUCCACCAGGUUCUAGACAUGAAGGACCUAUUGUUUGGAAGAGACCUACGGACAUGUUCCAAAAUCCAGAGUUUAUGGUUGAAGGAGCUAAACAACAUGACUUAGACCAAGGUCUACUAGGUAACUGUUGGUUUAUUGCUGGUGCUGCAGUGCUUGCCACAUCGCAUCCAGCAGAGCUAGAAAAAGUAGUGCCAUCAGAUCAAGGUUUUGACACCAAAGCAUACACAGGCAUGUUUAGGUUCAACUUUUGGUGGUAUGGAAAGUGGACUGAAGUUGUCAUUGAUGAUUAUCUGCCUACUGAUGGACGUUUGCCAAUUUAUUGUAGGAAUAUUGAAAGACCAAAUGAAUUCUGGCCAUGUUUAUUGGAAAAGGCUUAUGCCAAAUUAAGAGGCAGCUAUGAAGCUUUAGAUGGAGGUAAAAUUCAAGAUGCUUUAGUGGAUAUGACAGGAGGCAUAUCAGAAGUGAUUGAUCUUCAGAAAAAGAAUCAAGUUUCUCCAGAAUUGUAUAACUUGCUGUGUACUUCCUAUCAGAUGAGAACAUUAAUGGGAGCUUGUAUAUUUAAACCAGAAAAUUCUCCACCAAAUGAAAUAGAACUUCCCAAUGGCCUUUACAAUGGACAUGCUUAUAGCAUAACAGGUUUUACACAGAUACCAACAGGUCGGGGUACAGUCAACUUACUACGUCUCAGAAAUCCAUGGGGUAGAGGAGAGUGGAGAGGAGCAUGGAGUGACAGAUCACCAGAAAUGGCAAAACUCUCCGAAGAUUUAAAGUAUAGAUUAAUGUAUGAGGAUAAAGAUGAUGGGGAAUUUUGGAUCAGCUAUGAAGAUUUUAUUAGAAACUUUGAUGAAAUUCAGCUUUGUCACCUUCAGCCUGAUGCCCUUAUACAAGAACUUCAAGACAACAAUAGAAAACAAGAUUGGAAUGUAACAGUGUACCAUGAUGCUUGGAUUAAAGGAGUGACUGCUGGUGGAUGUGGCAAUUCUCCUUACCAAAAUUUGUACUGGAAAAAUCCACAAUUUUAUGUGACUUUAGACAGAGUGGAUUCAACUCUUGGGCAUGGAGAUGAUUGUACAUUAAUUGUCUCAUUGAUGGAAAAAGAAAAAAACAACCAAUCCAAUAUAGCUGUUGGGUUUGAUAUUUAUAAGCUCAAACGACCUGAACUUCGACCUCUUGAUAAUUCAAGGGCUCCUGAAAGUGCUUUGCUGCUAGCCAAACGUUCUGGAUCUUAUGUUUUUUAUCGAGAGGUCACGAAGAGAUUUGAACUAAGCCCAGGAACAUAUGUAAUAAUUCCUAGCACAUUUCAGCCUCACCAGGAAGCUGAGUUUCUUUUGAGAAUAUUUACAGAAAAAAGAGUAGACAGUGGGGUUCUGGAUGAAACAACUAUCACACCUAUUAUACUACCAAAAAGUUCUUGCUGUUCAUGCUUCUGGUCAUCAAAACCAUCCAAGAGAUAUAAAUGGCGUGAUACUGGUGGUUCCACCAAUCUCAGAAAUAAACCACAAAACGUUGCACUAGAUCCAAGACUGAGAUAUUUGCAAACAAAACCUGUUUCUAAGGACCAACUGUUCGAUGUCUUUAACAAACAUGCAGGUAAUGAUCAAAGAAUGGAUGCCAGUGAACUCUCUACAUUCCUGGAGGAGGUCUCAACAACAGACCUAAGAGAAACUUUAAAGUUUCCAGUUGAAUGCUGUCGAAGUCUUGUAUCUCUGAUGGAUGAUGAUAAAUCUGGGUUUUUGGAUUUCAAUGAAGCUAAAAGAGCCUGGAAGGAAAUCAAAGCUUACAGGGAGGUAUUUAAACAAUUUGACAAAGAUAAUUCUAAUGCAGUAGAUACUUAUGAACUUGGAGACAUGUUUUCCAAACUAGGUUUCCCCAUCAGUCGGCCAGUGUUAACUUCAAUAGUUCGUAGAUAUGGAGGCAGGGAGAAUACAAUAUCUUUGACAGAUUUUAUUUUGGUCAUAUGUAGAUUGACAUCCCUUUACGCUUCAUUUCAUGCUCAGCAAAAGAGGAAAGGUGUUACUGAAGACAAUGUUGACUUUUCAAGAAAUGAGUUUCUAGAAGUAACAAUAUUUACAUAGUUCUUCCUUGACAUUCCACACAAGCCAAUCAGAACUCAUGCCAAUCAGAGCUCACUCCAUUCCUUGAAUCCAAGUAUUGAACAAAGAAUUAGCGAACAGGUUUUCUUUUUAUUGUCAGUCUCAGGUCUUUUAUGUUUUAUGCAUAUACAUUUAGUAUUAUUUGUUUCUAGAUCUUCAAGACUUGAUUAAGACCUCUAAACAAAUGUUAAUAUUUAUGUAGACCUAAAUAUUUCAAUAAUGCACUCAAAUUUCCAAAUUUUUCACUUUUAUUUGCUUAUUAGAUAUCUAGAGCAAAAGUAAAUAAUCUACAAUCCAUUGAAAGUAAACAAUAGUUAAUGUUGUGUAGAUAUCAUCUCCAGUAUAUUUAGAAAAAAUGUCUCUAUUUAAAUUUUAUUAAUACAUUGUUGAAAUUGUUGCAGUUAUUCUUGUUAGUUAUCAAUAACGUAUUUGUAUUAGAAAUUAAUUGCUCAGUUAUUUUGUAUUUUUGAAGCAAUUCAAUAUAGAAUAUUAGAUAUAUUCAAGUUGUGCAAUGUAUUGUUAUGCAUAUGUUUUAUCAAAUGAAUUGGCAACAGGUAUAAAUCAUAUGCUUAUCUUACAUAUAAAAAAUGAAUAGUUUGUUAAUUUUUUAAUUCUUCUCAACUUUACAAACUGCUUACUUGUAUUGAUAGUUAUUUGUUCAUGUUUGGCUUUCUUUCAACAAAAUGUUGCUGGUAUCUGAUGUAUUUAUUUCAGCACUCAACAUUCAUUACUAAAAUUUUCAACAUUGUUUUGUUACAUAUUAUACUUUAUCAUCAUCACUUGUUAUCUAAUGAUUUAUUUACAAAUAUAUUUGUCUAUUAAAUACAUUCCUUAUUGUGAGUUCAAGUGAAAAGCUGAUACAUUUUAUGUACAAAUGGCUAAAAGUCUGUUUCUAAGAUCUCAUUCAUGGUGCAUGAAUUUGAGCAGAAAUGUGUGAUGUGACUGACCUUUGUUUUGCAUAUAAUAUAGUCGAGUAUUUGUUUGCUACUGUUACUUCUGUUACUUAAUGACAUAUGAAAUGAGUUUUUAAAACCAAGUGAACUUUGCAGUGUUACUGUAUGUAAAGCAGUGUUUCUGUAUGUAAAGCAGUGUUACUGUAUGUAAAGCAGUGUUACUGUAUGUAAAGCAGUGUUACUGUAUGUAAAGCAGUGUCACUGUAUGUAAAGCAGUGUCACUGUAUGUAAAGCGUAAUGUUAUUAAAAGAUCCUUUAGUUUUUUAA